AUGGAGAAGGAUAGUAAAACAGCUUCAGACAUCAUAGAAACAGAACUGCCAAAGCUUCAGGACAUUUAUGCCACCUGUUGCAGAAGGAAGGCCCUCAGUAUCAUAGAGGACACCAGCCACCCAGCACAUGACACCAACUGUACCUGCAGCGCCACCAACAGCCGCUGUGACGACAAUGCAGUCUGCAGGUGUGAUCCCGGGUGGGAAGGUGAGCAGUGUGAGCUUUGUGUCCGGAAGCCCGGCUGUGUUCACGGCUCAUGUCAUCAGCCCUGGCAGUGCAUCUGUGAGGCCGACUGGACAGGACGCUUCUGUGAUAAAGAUAUCCACGUGUGCUCCAAAGAGGAGCCUUGUCAAAAUGGCGGCACAUGUGUGACGGAGGAUUCAGGAGAGUACAUCUGUUUGUGUGUGCUCGGCUUCCACGGGAGGAACUGUCAGAUGAAAACCGGACCGUGUCACCAGAGACGCUCCCCCUGCAGGAAUGGUGGACUCUGUGAGGACAACGGAGGUUUUGCUUCAGAGCUGACAUGUCGCUGUCUGGCUGGUUUCACUGGCCCGCGCUGUGAGACCGACAUGGACGACUGCCUGAUGAAGCCCUGUGCCAACGGUGCCACCUGUCUCGAUGGGGUAAACCGGUUUUCCUGCCUCUGCCCCAAGGGCUUCAUGGGUCGCUUCUGCACUGUCAACCUGGAUGACUGCAUCAGUCAGCCUUGUCUAAACGGCGGCCGCUGUCUGGACCGGGCCGGUACCUUCCAGUGUCUGUGCCAGCCCGGUUACACCGGAACUAUGUGUGAGGUGGCGGUUUGGAGCUCCCAGAGCUGGAAGGGUGACGAUAUGGUGAGCAAGACGAACCACGACAGGCAGGACACUACCAGCAGUAGUACUAGUUCUGUUAGUACUAGUAGUACUACAAGUAAUGGUGGCAACAGACUGUUUAAGAUCUCUGUAAAGGAAGUUGUGACCCGGCAGGGUUCAGCGGGUCUGUCAGAGGUCCAGCUCAUCACGGUUCUGGUUCUGGGCGGAAUGACAAUGACGGUGGUGGCGCUGACUGUGGGGCUGGUUCUAAGGGGGCGGUGCAAGGACCACGGUGUUCCCUGCCCAUGUGGACUUCCAUUGUCACAACAACGGCAGCGACGACUGGCACAGAACCGGUUGGCCCAGGGAGAGCCGGAGUGUAAGAUCAGCUUCCUACACACGGAGUCAGAACCACAGAAGAAGAGACUGAACACCGAGGUCAUAUAG